AUGGGAGGAAUUCAAUUUCCCCAUCUUAAUGAUCUAAGUAAACAAAUUUGGAAUUGGUGCGAAAAAAGGAAUAUCUGGGUUUUCGCAUCCUAUAUUCCUUCAAAAGAGAAUUGUAUAGCAGACGAACAAUCAAGGUUAAAGAAUUUGGACACAGAAUGGGAGCUAAAUGAUUUUGCUUUCAAUAAAAUUGUUAGAACGUUUUUUAAACCGGAAAUCGACCUUUUCGCGACAGAUAACAACGCUAAAUGUCGCGCAUUUUGCUCCUGGGAAAAUUCACGUUACGCUAUAGCAAUGGACGCUUUUACUAUUUCUUGGUCCAAUAAAUUAUUUUACGCGUUCCCUCCUUUCUCGAUGAUCUUACGAACGCUAAAAAAGAUAAAAACUGAUCAAGCACAAGGCAUUAACUCGAGCGCAUCCACUAGCCAAAACGCUUUCCCUGGCUGCAGGGCUCUUGUCAGGGAAAGUUACGCAAGAAGACAGCUUCCGGAAAACACUAUAGACGUUCUAUUAGCAUCUUUAAGUGACUCUACAUUUAAACAAUAUAAUUGCGCGUUAAGAAAAUGGUGGGUUUAUUGCAAAAAUAAAAACUUAGACGUUUUCGAUCAAGAUUCGAAUAGCAUAUUAAGUUUCUUAACAGAAGAGUUUAACAACGGAUCUUCAUACGGAUCUUUAAACACCAUUCGUUCAGCUAUAUCUCUCAUAUCUAACAAAAAAGUAUCAGAUCUUGUAAUGGAACGAUUUUUUCGAGGGAUAUUUAAACUAAAACCAAGUAGAGCAAAAUAUAAUAGAACUUGGAAUGUGUCUUCAGUUUUGGACAAAAUAGCAAAAUGGUUUCCACUCGACGAAUUAGAUUUAAAAACACUUACACAAAAACUAAUUAUACUCUUGGCUUUAGGAACCGGUCAUCGAGUACAAACUUUUUCACUGAUUUCGUUAGAUGCUAUUGUUUUUUCGAAUAAUGAUGUUGAGAUAAAAAUCGAAAGCCUUGUAAAAACAUCUAGACCUGGUGCGUGUCAACCCUGCUUAGUUCUUCCAUUUUUCACUGAAAAACCCGAACUUUGUGCUGCUUUAACUUUAAGAAAUUAUCUCGAGAGAACAGAAUCCUUAAGAGGAGAAGAAAAAUGUUUAUUUAUUAGUUUUCAAAAACCACAUAAAGCAGUAGGGACACAAACGAUAAGUCGUUGGAUAAAGGAGGUACUUCAUUCAUGUGGCGUUGAUAGAAACUUCAAAGCCCAUAGUACCCGCCACGCGUCCACCUCGAAAGCUUUCGAGAAAGGUCUAGAUAUAAGAGUAAUUCAAAAUACCGUAGGUUGGUCACAAAACUCAUCGACGUUUGCUAAGUUCUACAACAGGCCAAUCAUGGAAUCUGAAAGUUUCUUUAAUGUUGUAAUCAACAACUAA